AUGAGAGCAUUCUCCCGGAUACUGCCAUUUUGCCAUCAGAAAUCAUACAAUAGCAUUCUCCCUCCAACAAUAAGACUUUUCGGUUCAUCGUUCUCUUCUUAUGACUUCUCUAGACAAACACCCAAGGUGGAUCCCGCCAAUACGGCGGCAAUGCUGCUACAGAAAAAUCUGAUUCAAAGAAACAACAUGCUCUACGGGUAUGGAUCAGGGACAAUACGAUGUACUUUGCUAGACUCAACUGGGCGAGCCAAAUCCCCAUUAGUAGAGAUAAAACGUGAGGAUCUAGUUUCAAAGCAUGGCUUAUUACCCAGAGAUCUACGUAAAAUCGAAAAAUCAAGAAAAAACGACUUAGUCCCUAGUCUGCUCGUACGAGAAAAUUCUAUACUAAUCAGUUUACUUACUGUGAAAGCCUUAAUAAAACCUGACAUGGUUAUUAUCUUUGAUUCAACUGGUAGUGGAAUAACUUUGAACUCAGAAGCUCACAAGGAUUUUAUAAACGAUAUGAAAUUGAGACUAAAGAAUCAAGAAACAAGUGAGCUAAAUAGCGAUCCACUCCCUUAUGAAUUCAGAGCUUUAGAAACAAUCUUCAUUUCGGCGUUAUCUAACCUUACUAGUGAAAUGAAGGUGCUGCUAACCAUAUGCAAAGGGGUACUCCAAGAUCUGGAAUUUAGCAUAACGAGAGACAAAUUAAGGUUCCUAUUAGGCCAGAACAAAAAAUUGAGCAGCUUCAAUAAAAAAGCUGUUCUAGUUAGAGAUAUGCUGGAUGAUUUAUUAGAGCAAGACGAUGUACUUUGUGAUAUGUAUUUGACGGACAAGAAGGCGGGCAAAAUUAGAGUUCAAGAUGAUCACACCGAAAUCGAAAUGCUUCUUGAAACAUAUCAUAAUUAUGUCGAUGAAAUAGUUCAAAAAAGCGAAAGUGCCAUAUCUGAUGUGAAAACCACGGAAGAAAUCAUUAAUAUCAUCCUAGAUUCAAAUAGAAACGAAUUGAUGCUGUUAGGGAUACGAUAUGCUAUAGGAAUGCUUUCAUUGGGAGGCGCUCUGUUCCUGGGUUCCAUCUACGGUAUGAAUCUGGAAAGUUUCAUAGAAGAAAGCAAUUACGCUUAUUUAACUGUCACCAUCUUGGGGUUAAUAUCUGCCGUUUGGCUUUAUGCAAAAGGUGUCAGGCACUUGCAUAAAUUACAACGUAUGACAUUAUUGAGCAAAAUAAAAACAGAAUCCAUUCACGAACCGUUGAAAAAAUAG